AUGUGGACUAAUACAAUUAUUAACAACCCUCGACCGAUGGAAAGAUUGAGUGAGAAACAGCAACAAGAUUUUGAGAGCGCCACUCAUUGCCACAUAUGCGAGAAGGUGUUUUCCGAAAACGAAAUUCGGUGCCGAGAUCAUUGCCAUUUUACGUCCAAAUACAGGGGCGCAUCACAUCAGGCAUGCAAUAUAAACUAUCAAAAUAAUCAUGCCAUACCGGUGGUAUUUCAUAAUCUAAGUGGAUACGAUUCACAUUUCAUCAUCCGCGAACUUGCAACCGGUAUGCCUGGACAAAUAAAACUUUUACCUUUAAACAAAGAGAAGUAUAUCUCCUUUACGAAAUACGUAGAGGGUACAAAGGUUAAUUUUCGAUUUAUCGACUCCUUUAGGUUUAUGAGCAGUAGCAUAGAAAAAUUGUCAUCGUAUUUAGGAAAUGAUAAAAAAACGAUAACGCGUUCGCAAAGUCGCAACGAGUCCGAGUUUAAUUUGGUCAUACGAAAGGGUGUUUUUCCCUACGAAUACGUAGACUCUUGGGAAAAAUUAAACGAAACUCAGUUACCGCCAAAAGAUAAUUUUUUUAGUACAUUGCGUAACGAAGGCAUCACCGACGAAGAUUAUGAUCAUGCUUUAAAAGUAUGGAACUUGUUUUCGAUUCAAACCCUCGGUCAAUUUUCGGAUUUGUAUUUGAAAACAGACGUGCUACUUUUAGCGGAUAUAUUUGAAAAUUUUCGUGAAACUUGUCUACAAACUUAUAAACUGGAUCCCUUGCAUUAUUACACGGCACCUGGUCUCGCAUUCGAUGCCAUGCUCAAAAUUACCGAGAUUAAAUUAGAACUUCUAACAGAUAUUGAUCAAGUUAUGUUCAUUGAGAAGGGUAUUCGAGGUGGUAUCACUCAAUGUUCCACUAGAUACGCGAAGGCUAACAAUAAAUACAUGAAAGAUGACUAUCGUCCAGAUCUUGAAUCGAUCUACUUGAUGUAUUUUGAUGUCAAUUCCCUGUAUGGUGCCACAAUGUGUGAAUUUUUGCCCUACGGAGAGUUUUCCUUUGUAGAUGACGAUGCUUUUGAAACGUUAGAUAUAUUGAACCACCCUGAUGAUGCAGAAAUCGGUUACAUUUUGGAUUGCGACUUAAAUUAUCCGCCCAAUCUCCAUCAAUUGCAUAAUGAUCUUCCUCUGGCACCAGAGCACAGAAACCCUCCUCAUUCUAAUUUUAAGAAAUUAAUGCUAACAUUGUAUUCGAAACAGAACUAUGUGUUGCAUUAUAGAAAUUUGAAACUGUACAUAAAGCAGGGAUUAGAACUCGUCAAAAUUAAUCGCGUAUUAAAAUUUCGACAAUCGCCUUGGUUAAAAAAGUAUAUCGAUUUAAAUACGCAAAAGCGGCAAGAAUCUAGUAAUGAAUUUGAGAUACACUUUUACAAGCUAAUGGUAAACAGUGUAUAUGGAAAACUAAUGGAAAAUGUAAGGAAAUAUAAAGAUGUGCAUUUGGUAACGACAUGGGAAGGACGGUACGGCGCUGGGGCGUAUAUAUCGAAGCCGAACUUUAACAGUUGCACUCUUUUCGGCGAUAAUGAGGACAUAGCCAUUAUAGAAAUGAACCGUUUAGAAGUGCUGCUCAAUAAACCUAUUUAUGCCGGUUUAGCAGUUUUAGACGUUUCAAAAACGUUUCUUUACGAUUUUCACUACAAUUUUGUUUUAAGGGAAUUCAAAAAUCGCGCAAAACUCUUAUACACCGACACUGAUAGCUUGAUAUACUCAUUCGCAGUUUCCGACAUUUAUCAGUCGAUAAGAGAAAACAUUGCUCGAUUUGAUACUUCGGCUUAUAGUCCUAAUAACGCUUUUGGCAUACCCCUGGUUAACAAAAAAGUUCCCGGUCUGAUGAAAGACGAGAACAAUGGUAAAAUAAUGUUAGAGUUCGUAGGGCUAAGGGCAAAAAUGUAUGCUUAUUAUGUAGACGGUAAAGUAUUGAAAAAAUCAAAAGGUGCAACUUUCGCCAGUAUCCGUGAACUGACUUUAGAGGACUACAAAAACUGUUUGUUUAACGAUGCAAUCUUGAAACGGUCUCAGCAUCUAAUAAAAUCGCAAAAACAUGCAGUAUUCACCAUUGAACAGAACAAGAUUGUUUUAAGCCCACAUGACGAUAAACGACAAAUUGAUCCCGAUUGUAUUAACACUCGUCCUUGGGGAUAUAACUCUCUCACUUAA